GCUGCCGGGGAAGGACGGUGAGAACAAGGCGUCCAGAGCACACAGCACGGCAGGAGGGGCUCAGCACACCACCAGCUGAGCAAACAGUGGAUGCCAGGGCCUCGGCCACAGCCGCACUCCAGCCCACACAGUCGCAGGAGGGCUGCGCUCCCGGCUGCCCAGGAUGAGGUGGCUCUUCCUUGCCCUUGUGCUGGCCCUACUUGCCACUGCUCAUGCUGCUGAAGAGUCCUGUGCGGGCCGUUGUGAGGACGGCUUCGAUGCCCGGCACAAGUGCCAGUGUGACACUCUCUGCAUGUACUACCAGAGCUGCUGCAGCGACUACUCCACUGUCUGCAAAGCCAAAGUGACCCGCGGAGACGUCUUUGCCUUGCCGGAGGACGACUACCUCGACUACAACUUCAGCAUUAACUUCAGCACGGCAGAGCCCGCCGAGGCAGCCCCCACAGAGCUGCCCACAUCCCCAGUGCAGCCCACGCUGGAGAACAAUCCAGACCAAGAGGAGACUCUGACAGAGGUUCCUGAGCUGCCCAGCACCACGCCAGAUGAGGCUGGGGGCCAGGACCCUGUGGAGGAGCCUGAGGAGCUGUGCAGCGGGAAACCUUUUGAUGCCUUCACUGACCUGAAGAACGGUUCCCUUUACGCUUUCCGAGGGAAGUACUUCUAUGAGCUGGACAAGACAAGCGUGCUGCCUGGCUACCCUAAGCUCAUCAGCGACGUCUGGGGCAUCGAGGGCCCCAUCGAUGCAGCCUUCACCCGCAUCAACUGCCAGGGCAAGACUUACCUCUUCAAGGGCAGCCAGUACUGGCGCUUUGAUGACGGCGCCCUGGACCCCGGGUACCCACGCGAGAUCUCGGAGGGCUUCGAGGGCAUCCCCGACAGCAUCGAUGCGGCCUUCGCCCUCCCUGCACACAGCUACCGCGGCAACGAGAGAGUCUAUUUCUUCAAGGACAAGAAGUACUGGUCCUAUGACUUUGCCCAGCAGCCCACGCAGGCCGAGUGCGAGAACUCCUCCCCCUCUACUGUGUUCAACCACUACGCCUUCAUGAACCGUGACAGCUGGGAGGACAUCUUCCAGAUCCUCUUCGGCAGCAGGACAACCGGGGCGAGCGGCCCGCGGUACAUCAGCAGGGACUGGCGGGGGGUGCCGGGCCGGCUGGAUGCCGCCAUGGCCGGCAGGAUCUACGUGGCCUCCCACCAGCCCCGCAGGAGGAAAUCCCGGCGCCAGCGCAAGAAGUACAAGAGCCACCGGUCACUCAAUUUGGGUUUGUGGGGUUGGCUGCAAAGUGACUCUGACUCUGACUCCGAUGGUAUUGAAAGCGACUGGCUGUCAGGCUCCCAGUGCGAGACCCUCCAGAGCGUCUACUUCUUUGUGAGAGACAAGUACUACCGCGUGAACCUGCGCACCAAGCGCGUGGACCUGGUGCACCCGCGCUACCCCCGCUCCAUCGCGCAGUACUGGCUGGGCUGCCCACAGCCCACGGAGGACAGCACCUGAGCGGGGCGGCCCCGGCAGCGCGGCUCCCGCGCCUCCGAAA